CGUUAUGGUUCUCUUGUAGUAGUUUUUUUCUGGAAAAGUCUGUACAUAGUAUCUUAACGUUUCCAAUCAGAACAUAUGCGUAAAUUCUGACUUUCAUCUGUAUCAUGGGAUCAGCGACAGGUCUGUGUGUUGGACAAACAAGUUUAAACAAUCAUGAACUCUCUUUCAAACAUUAUUUCAGUUCCAUUAAAGUCUAUAAAGGUAGAUGUUCAGAUAUUUGGCUAUGUAGCAGAAGUGACAUCCACACUGACCUACUUCAAUACUGAGGAGACGCCAGUUGAGGCGGUGUUUACAUUCCCUGUAGAUGAUGGCAGUGCAGUGUUUCAGUUUGAGGCUCACAUUGAUGGCCGUCAUAUUGUCGCUGAAAUCCAGGAACGUGAGCAGGCACAAUUGACUUAUGAUGAUGCUGUUCAAAGUGGAAAAACAGCCAUGCUGCUAAAAGAAGACAGUUCUGCCGGGGACAUCUUCAGUUGCAUGCUGGGUAAUCUACCAGCUAAAACUGAGGCUUCAUUGGUGAUGAAAUAUGUGAUUGAGUUACCACAAGAACCUGAUGGUCAACUAAGAUUCACACUCCCUACUGUACUUAAUCCAAGACACUUUACAG